UGCCCGCUCUGGAGUCUCAAGUCUGACCUCACCUGAAUGGCAAAGCUAAAACUGAUAAUGGUCUAUCGAUGCUCCGCAGUAACUACCUGUUGCAGACCGCUGUCGAGCAUGGCACCGAUAUGAACAGGUAUAUCAUCUUGGAUCGGAUCAAGACGAACCUCGUGGGUCUGUCACGCCACCAGCACGGGCACUACGUCGUGCAGUCACUCUUCCUGAAGACGACUGACGAGUCCCAGGGCGAGCUGCUACGGCGCCUCAUCAAGGCGUUCGGAAACCUGGACGUGGCACAGAUUAUCGAGCUGGUGCGUGAUCCUUUCGCCAGUCAUGUCCUCAGCAACCUGCUUGACACAGCCAGGAUCCACUUGAAGGGCCGAUUCGGAUGGAGGCUGGCAAAGAAGCUCGCUUCGCUACUAGUCUAUCAACUGGGUCUGAAAGUAGGGAACUCCAACGUCCUGCGGGUGGUGUACUCCUUGAAUCGGAUGGGCAUUAGACUAUAGUUACCGAUUCUGUGUUCUUACAAUGUUGUGGAUCUCAAGUUUUCUGGGGAAGGCUCGAUGUGGCCAUGGUGCCUUGGUUCGAAUUGUCAGUGCGAACUUGAUAUGUACGUCCGUACCGUACUACAUAAUUGAUGUCCGUUUAUGUUGCACGCAGCAAACAAUGUUGAGUAACGAAUUCGUCUCCCCUUGAAAGGUUACUUUGAA